AUGGAAGCUGCGGGCAUAGCAAAGAGCAGGUGCACAGGGCUGCUCGAGGCCCUUGCUUUUGUGCGACACGUCAUUGGUGUGGAUGAGGUUGAGGAUCUGCUUAAAAGUAGAAGGUGCCGUGGUGUGGGGGUAGUGGAAGUCACGGUGGAUCAGCUUCUGUAUUUGCACGACGUGUUAGAGACUCAUCGUGAUCCAUGGACCCGGCAUUUUGCUGGGUGUGCACUCGUGACCACCUACAGCAGGUGUAGGUGGUCAGACAUUCAGCACUCCGACGAGCUCAUUUUGGACAGAGGCCUGGAUGGGCAGCUGACCUACUUGGAACUGCGGAUAGGGGUUCACAAGACUUGCAGACUUCAGAGCAAGCGACACAGAUUUCUGCGCGUUGUAUCUCCAAGUUUGGGAGUUAAAGAGUUCGGAGAGCAGUGGUUGGCCAGCAGAAGGGAUAUUGGUCUGGAUGAUGUCGGACGCAUGCCUUUCUGCCCUGCGCCUGACUCGAGUGCUAGCCCCACGGUCCGUGGCAUCGACUCAGAAGAAGCUACAACUUGGCUGCGUUUGCUCCUCAGGGACAAGCCGUCUGCGGGCCAGGAGCCAUCCUCAAAGUCCUUCAAGGCGACGGUCUUGUCCUGGGCAGCUAAACGAGGCGUUGAUGGACUUUCCAUCCAGCGUCUGGGAUAUCACGCUGCAGGCGGGCUCGACAUAGUCUACAGCAGGGAUGCCCAGGCACCCUACAUCCUCAUCGUGGAAAAGCUUCUGGCUGAGGUUCGUGAAGGGAAGUUCAGGCCGGAUGAUACGAGGGGAUUGACUGGAUCACCCAAGCCGCUUGUUGAGCCUCUGAUUCGGGCCCCGGUUUCGAGGGGCGUCCCAGACCUUGGCGAGGAUGUGCCAGUGGCAGAGCUGGCCAGCGAAGCUGGGGUCAAGCUUGAGGGCCACGGUUCAGAUGGCCUCGCGCCCGAAGUCGUGGACCUGGAGGAAGGUGGCGGUGAGGAUGAAAGGUCUCUUGGAAGCUCGACCUCGUCGGCUGAUGAGGACGACCACCAGCCGGUUGCAGCGGUGGCGGGAGGCGAAUCUAGGCGUGCGAUGGCUCUCGUGACUUCAGAGGCUGCACUCAAGCAGAGGUGUCUGGAAGUCAGCCCUGAUGGGAGUCUUUACACUUCCUUGGCGGCUCAGAGCAUUCGCAGCUUCAGGCAACUUGCAUUUGCCAUAGGCACACCGCGAUCAGAGCCGACGCCCGAACAGUAUCAGGAGCUGGCAGCUCAGGUGUUCGGAGCUGCUGCUCCGAUUGGGAAAGUGGCACAGCUUAGAGAUUUGCAUUUUGAAGCGACGACGUAUGUCAUCCAAGCCCUUAAGGAUCAGGUGAGCUCGGAUGCUGCUGAACAUCAGGUGCGCAAGCUGCCAAUGGCAGAGCGUGCGGCCAGGUUGUCUGAUCAGCAGCGUAGGCUUUCAGGCGUCUCCAUCACUGGGGAGUUGCAGCCUUCCUACGGUUUGGUUGAUAAGGUCAAUCAUAUCCUGGAAUCAGGGCAGCUUGUUUGGAUCUCCCCUUCCAUGUGUGGGAAACGGGAUUUGGAAGUCGCCCAAGGAAUUGAUCACAAGGCCCAGGUUGUGCAGGUUGAGAAAGAGGCCUUGAAGGUUUCUGCAUCUCAGGUUGAGACCAAGGCGGAUGUGACCACGCCUCUGAUGCUUCACUUUGCUUUUCAGCGGAGGGGAAUUGCCUUUGAUCACUGUGGCCUGAUUGAGUGGAGCACGCAUCAGGAUUAUCUUCACAGGCUCCUUUUCGCCCUGAGCGCGCCUGUGCCCCCUGGUUUCAGUCAGGUCACCAUACAGCAGAUCGUACGUGCUGACAAGGAAUUGUGGACCAUCAUGGCCCGUGAGUGCGUGCCCCCAUUCAAGGCGAAACCUGACGGGACUAAGCCGCUUGAUGUCUCCAUGAGCAAGCUGAUGCUGGACUCCAGGGUUCAGAUGUGGCUGUUGCCUGUCAUGGUGUCGCAAGCUAGCAAAAUCCAAGCCCCACCGAGUGUUGAGCCAUCUGACGCUUUCCCGUCCGAUGUGCCAACACCGCCGAAGAAGAUUCGCCUCCGGAAGAAGGCGAAGAAGGUCAUGCCGGAUGCCCUCAAGGGGUGCAAGAAGUUCAGCAAAGGGCCGUGCUGUUGGGGUUUUAACUUGGAGGGUUGCUCGUUGGAAACCAAGGUUGCAGAAGGCCUGCCGCGAUGCUCAGCCGUCAGGGGCAAAUCCUUUUCAGCUGGAAGCUUUGUGCAUGGAGGCGUCGUAGGCCUCCAUCUUAAUACUUCGAAAUUUCCAUCUUCAGUGCAAGUCGUGUGCAGUUUUAUCGGGCAGUUUUCAGGUGGCUACCCGUUUGCCGCAUUCACAAUUCUUGAUCAAACUCAAUCCGAUCUGCAUCAGGAUGCCAAUAACGAGCCGUCUACUUGGAAUUUGAUAAUUCCCAUAUCAUUCUUUGAGGGAGGGGGAAUUUGGUAUCAGGCCAGUUCCGGUACAGCACCCUGCCCUUUGGAUCAUUCGAGGUUUGGUCACAUCCUCGAUGUUGCAUCGGGGCCUCAGUGGCUUCCCGCUGCGGAUGCAAAGCACUGUACACUCCCAUGGACUGGGAGGAGAUGCGUUGUUGUGGCAUUUACGCCCAGGUUUCUUGAGAAACUUGACCCUCGAGAUGUUUGUCGUCUGCACGAUUCAGGUUUCGUUCUUCGAAAGCCCAUGCUCACUGCUGAGCUUUCCGAGGAUGAGGUGCCAGGCAAAUGCUUGACUGACAUGCUUGUCAUCGAGGUGUGUUGUGGCUCUGCUGCUCUUAGCUGGGCCUGCCAUAAACAAGGGUUUCAAGUCAUGCCAAUUGCAAGUAGAAGCAACUUUGACAAGAAGCCUAAACUCCGUGUGCAUCACUUGGACUUGACUGACCCCGAGGCCUUGCGAAGCCUCGAGGAGUUGAUUUGCACCGAGUCCGCCAGGAUCGCGCUAAUUUGGGCUGCAGUGCCUCAUGGGGCGGCCAGUGUGGCGAGGUCCAAGCCGUUGCCGAGGUUCGAGCGCCUGAACUUGCCAACCCCUAAGCCCCUCCGUAGCCUUAGUAAACCGGAAGGUUUGGAUGGUCUUAUGGGGCGGGACAAAGCAAAGUGCGAGGUGGCAAACCAAGUGUAUCAUGGGGUUACUGUCCUGCUCCAAGCAGCUCUAAAGCGAGGUGUGCGAUGUGUCAUCGAAAAUCCGGUGUCGUCACUGUACUGGCAGACGGAAUUCUUUCGAUCUUUGCAGGCGUUGCAUUUAGGGUCGGUGGUGCAUUUCCACCUGUGUCAGCAUGGAGGUCCUCGCCCAAAGCAUGUGCAGUUGUGGACUUCCGACCAAACCUUUGUAAGCUUAGCAGCAGUCUGCCCGGGGAACAAAUUGUGUUCUCAUGAGGCUUGGCGGCCCGUGGCACCGGAUUUGGACCUGCCUUUUGACACCUCAAGCCGUGCAGAGUGCCCUGACCUUCUGUGUGAUCGUGUUGCGGGGAUCCUUAAGCAUGCCUGCUUGGCACAAGGGAUAGCGGAUCGGCUUUCUUUGCAAGGUGCAGUGGAGCACUCUGCCCAAGGUACCCAGAGACUUGUGCUGAGCUUGCAGCCUGCAGGUGCUAAAGCCCCUCAACUGUUGCCAGAGUUUGGUCACCAUCUGCAAGUUGUUGUCACACCAUCUUCAAAGCUGCCGCAGGCCCCUCAGCAUGCUGUGUUUCUCUCUCGGCGUUUGCUUCAGUGGGGGCAAUUCCAGGCCGAGACCAGGAGUCCGACUGUUGGCGUCAGGUGUGACUUGGACACUUCUGAGCUUGUGCCAUCCAGCUUGGUCGAGAUUGUCCUUUUCGGCAUCCCAGCAUCGCCUGAUGCGUUUGUCAGGAAGGCCGUGGAAACGGGACAUCCUGCAGACUUCAAGUCGUCUCUUGAGCCGCUACUCAAGAAAGUGGUUGAAGAAAACAUUGUGGGUGACGAGCUCAGGCUUGCAAAGGCUAGGCUCGCUUUCGUGGCAAAGUGGUCUUCGAGGGCCAAGGCCCUGGAGCAACGCGAGACUGAACUGCAUGCGAGUCUGCCGAAGCACAUCAAGCAUAUCUUGAAAGGGAAACGGCUUCUCCUUUUACAAGAAAUGAUUGAUUUUUAUGGGCUGCCUGACACUGAGCUGGUCAGGCACAUGAAGGAGGGCUUCAGUCUUAGUGGUUGGAUGCCCAGCAGUGGGUCCUUUCCUGCUUCAACGAAGAGGCCCGAAUUCUCGGUCGAUGCAUUAAAGCUUUUGUCUGCAGGUUUCAACGCAGCGACCUUGUCAAAGGCUAAAGUGCGACAGGAGCGUCCUCUGGAGGAGGCCACUUGGCAGGAAACUCUAGCUGAGGAGGAACAGGGCUGGGUUUGGCGUUGCGAGGACCAAGUGAUGUCUUUGUUUCAGUUGCUGGGCCUUACCUUUGCGAAGGAAGGGAAGAAGGCUCCUCCCUUCAGUACCGUCUUCAACAUGCUUGGGCUUUCUGUCAACCUUGCCCCCUUCAAGGAAGGAAGUAUAGAGGUUGGGCAUACUGAAAAACGUGUGUCUGAACUAGAUACCUCCUUGGAGGCGGUUGUCGAGCAAGGCUCUUUAAGCAUGAAGGAGGCUGAAAGAUUGAGGGGAAGGAUGAACUUCUUCGAAGGCCACGCCUUCGGUCGUGGUCCUGCUCAGGCCCUGAGGACCGUCGACCAUCAUGCCAGGACGGGGGCCACUAGCAAGAAGCUUCCACCUGCCGUCGUGUCCGCCUUGACUGUGCUGAGAGAGCGUUUGAAAUCUGCCAUUCCGCUGCAAAUUUCAUCUGUAGCUCUCUCCACUUGGUACCUGUUCACAGAUGGUUCAUGCGAGGCUGCUGCAAGUUCUGGCGCGGUUGGAGCAGUCCUCUAUGACAAGUAUGGCAGAGUUGUGUCUGCCUUCAGUGAGAGCGUGCCCACUCGAGUUAUGCAUGACCUCUUGCAAGACUCUGCCAAUCCUAUCUACGAGCUUGAGCUUUUUCCGGUGCUCAUCUCCUUUAGGAAGUGGGCGUCUAUGCUUGCUGGCUCGCAGGUGGUGAGUUUUGUGGACAACGAUGCUGCCAAAUAUGCACUUGUCAGAUCGUGUUCGGCGACUAAGACAGGUGCUGCAAUAAUCGAUGCCAUCCGCCUCAUUGAGCAAAGAUUUCAGUUACGUGUGUGGUAUGCUCGCGUGCCCACACACAGUAACCCAGCAGAUGCACCCAGCAGAUUGGAUGUGACCGGUCUUGAGAAUUUCCUUGUCGGCGACAUCUCCUGGGAGGUGUCAUCCACUGCUCUUUGA